AUGCGAGCCACUGAAGCCCGCGUCGAGCGGGCCAGCCGCCACACGCACAGCCGGCCCGGGAAGCCGGUCAUCGAGGUCGUUUCCGCCUUCCUCUACCGUGGUCGCUUUACCGACUACGAGAACACUUUCGAGACGACGGAGGAACCUGACUACGUUGUCAAGCUCGAAACGGAUGCUGCUGUUGGUGUUCUGCAAUCGAAGGAAUGGUUCGAGUGGAUCGACGAGUCGAAGCCGCUCAAUGUCACCGUUACCGGUCAAGUCUUCGUCCGCAACCAGCUGAAGGAGCUCAUUCCUGUUGGCUCAAUCGACUUCGAGCCAGAUGACGGCCGUGGUAACCCGGUCGUUGCUUACAUUCAACGACAUGGUGUCGCGCAAGGUCUCUCGACGCCUCUCCCCAACGAGGGCUACACAUUGAACUCGACCCCAAUUUCGUUCCACGCUCCACUUACCAACGAGCCUUACUCGAAGGUCUCGGGUGACUUCAAUCCCAUCCACAUCAACCCGUACUUCUCCGACUAUGCCUCCCUCCCUGCCACGAUCACCCAUGGAUUGGACACCCUGAACGCGUUCUCUCCUACGACGUCUCGUUCGUUGGCAUGGUCAUUCCUGGUGACGAACUCAGUGUCAAAAUUCGCCACGUUGGCAUGCGGGAUGGAAGCAUCGUCGUCAACAUUGCCACUUCUAUGUAACUCUCGUGGCGAGAAGGUGCUAGGGGGCUCGGCCGAGGUUUCGCAACCCACCACGGUCAACGUUUUCACGGGUCAAGGUUCGCAAGAGCAGGGCAUGGGCAUGGACUUGUACAAUUCAUUGCCUGCUGCUCGUGCCGUCUGGGAUGGAGCCGACACCCACUUGCUUGCAGUCUAUGGCUUCUCGAUCGUCGAGAUCGUCAAGGACAACCCGAAGGAGAAGACCAUCCACUUUGGUGGUAUCAAGGGUCAAGCUAUUCGUCGUCGCUACAUGGACAUGACCUACGACACGAUGGACAAGGACGGGAACGUCAAGACCCUCCCGCUCUUCUCGGACAUUGAUGUUCGCACGCCCAAGUAUACCUUCAGCCACCCGCAAGGUCUGCUUUUCGCAUCCCAGUUCGCUCAAAUCGCGCUUGUUGUCACCGAGGAGAAGGCCGCUUUCGAGGACAUGCGCAUGAAGGGCUUUGUUCAGAAAGACUGCGCUUUCGCUGGCCACAGUCUUGGAGAGUAUUCUGCCCUGGCCUCAAUUGCCGAUGUCCUCCACAUCUCCGCCCUCGUCGAUGUCGUCUUCUACCGUGGUAUUACCAUGCGGCGCGCUGUCGAGCGUGACGCGCACAACCGCUCCAACUACGCGAUGUGUGCUGUUAACCCGAGUCGUAUCUCCAAGACUUUCACCGAUGCGGCGUUGCGAGAGGUUGUUGAUACUAUUUCGACUUUGACAGGUACUUUGCUUGAGAUCGUCAACUUCAACGUCGAGGGUCAGCAAUAUGUCUGCGCUGGAGAACUUGUCGCUCUGCAAACGAUGACGAAUAUGCUCAACUACUUGAAGAUUCAGAAGAUCGACAUCUCCAAGGGUAUGUUGCUGACGGAGCCGUUCACCGUCGAAAAGGUCAAGGAGAUGCUGGGAGACAUCGUCAAGGAAUGCUUCGGUCGUGCCCAAGACCAGCAUAAGGCGGAGGGCCACAUCAAGCUCGAGCUACCUCUGGGCUGGUGUUUUGCCCUUCCGAGCUUGUAUGCGUUUUUUCGUUUUCAUUUUCACUUUGCUAAAUCAUUCUUUUCCGACUUGUCGAAGAAGAUCACCGUUACCCAGCUUGAUCUCGACAUGCUCAUGGGCAAAUACAUCCCCAAUCUCAUCGCUAUCCCCUUCGCUAUGACCAAGGAGUAUGCGCAAAUCAUUUACUACCAGACUUCUUCCCCACGUCUCGAUAAAGUUCUCAAGAAGUGGGACCAGGAGAACUGGUCAAGUGCCGAGCAACGUCAGAAGCUCGCCUACAUCAUCCUUGUUGAGCUCCUCGCUUACCAAUUCGCGUCCCCUGUCCGUUGGAUUCAGACUCAGGAUCGCCUUUUCACCGAAUUUGCCUUCGAGCGUUUGAUUGAACUUGGACCCUCUCCCACUUUGACCGGAAUGGCCACUCGUACUGUUCAACGCUCAGUGCUGGACAUGUUCCUUGGGUCUUGUCAUUGUCAUCCUUCGCUUCCUUUCGGGACACUUAUCUUAUUCAAAACCCUUGGUCGUUUAUUCAAUUUCGGACACAUAACUGUCUUCGCCUGCAGCGAUUUUGUCCCGGUUCGUCUGCAAAAUCAACACGUCAAGUGUGGUCUACGCCUUUACUCGUGGGGCGGAUCGCCUCUUUUUACUGGGACAGGAUGGUACAAUGGCAUGGUUUCCAUUCGUCCUCCUCAAGAGACAAUUUGUUCUCGGCCCGUUCUUCUGGCCCUCCGCACCUUCAAGCUGUCAUCACUCUCGUCAACUCAUUGUCAGACGACCCAAUCCACUCCGUCCGUUGCCUGUGGAGGUGGAGGCUGCCCGUCAUAG